UGGGAAAUAAUUUUUGUUCCAUGUUUCAUACAUGGUCUGUUUAAAACUUUAGAACCAAAAAUGGUACAGAAAAAAGGUCAACAGUUUCAGAAACUAGACUACAUAUGUAUCUGUUCAAUACAUUUUUAUAUCAGAUCAAUUAACUUGAAUUUUUGGCCUUGUUGUUUACUUCUGCUUGACCGGGGCCCCCCAGUUUUUAAUUUUGGCCUCUGUGAAUUUGAGUUUGACUCUCCUGAUGUACAUCAUUCAUGCAGUAUUAUCUAUUUUAAUCUUGUUGUUGUUAUGUAAUCAUAUGCAAAUGUGAUCAUGUGAAAGCGCUUUGGAACCUCUGUUGUCAUGGUAACGCAGUGGGAGUUCUUUGUGAGGUUCCGUGGAAAAGUGUGUAAAGGGUCACAGCACAUUCCAGUCUCCAGUCAGAACCACAGGCCUGAAGAUGAGUGAGCAGAGCGAGAGCAGCGUCCAGAGCGUCCAGAGCGUCCAGAGGGACGCUGUGCUCCUCGUACAACACCAAAGAUUUCUCGUGCACAAACCCAUCCUCAUUGACUCCAGCCAGGUUUUUAGAGCCAUGUUUGAACGCUGGGACCAUCACGAUGAUAAAGUCUUCACAGUCGGUGGAAUCUCUCCUGAGACCAUGUCCCUGGUGCUCGAGUGGAUCUACACCAAGUCCAUUGUCCUGCGCGCGGAGACAGUCCAGGACCUUCUGUUGGCUGCUGACAUGCUGCUGCUGGACCAGCUCGUCCUGCUCUGCUUCCAGUUCAUGGAGGAGAACAUGAGCCCAGAAAACUGCAUCGGCAUCUGGAAGUUCUCGGAUGUCGUGCUGUCCAGCAAAACUCGGGAUUUGGCCCGGAGGUUCAUCCUGAGGAACUUUGAGGAGGUGAUGGACUGUGAGGAGUAUCAGGAUCUCACUGGAGAAGAGCUGAGUGGGUUUAUAGAAAGUGACCAACUCCACGCCAAAGACGAGACGGUGGUUUUUAAGGCUAUUGUGCACUGGACCAACCACAACGUCCAGGAACGCAGAGAGCAUUUUCCACAACUGCUGUCAAAGGUUCGUUUCGCUGAGAUUUCGUGCAACUUCAUACAUGACAACAUUCUCAAUAACCCCCUGGUGAACAACAUCUCCUGUUUAUCCAUAAUGACAAACGCCUUGGACACCAUCUCUGAACUUCUCAUCAACCCCGGCGCCCUGCACCGCCUGCACCGCCCCCGACUCCCUGAAGCCGUCCUCUUGGCCGUUGGAGGCUUGAGCAGCUGGAAAGCCACCAAUCAAAUCGAAGCGUACGACUACAAGGUCGAUCGCUGGGUUCACAUCAUGAACUCCGAGAGGCCCAGAGCGUACCACGGCUGUGUGUUCCUCGACGGCUCGCUCUAUUGUGUCGGAGGAUUUGACCGACGGGAGUAUUUUAACAGCGGGCGGCGUCUGGACCUGGCGACCAACACCUGGCACGAGAUGCCCCCCAUGAACCACAGACGCUGCUACGUGAGCGUGGCGGUGCUGAACGGCCUCAUUUAUGCCAUGGGCGGCUUCGACGGGAACACGAAGCUCAACACGGCCGAAGUGUUUGACCCCCAGACCCGCUGCUGGUCCCUGAUCACCCCCAUGAACGAGCAGAGGAGCAGCGCCAAAUGUGCCGCUCUGAACGGAAAGAUCUACAUAUGUGGAGGCUUCGACGGCUCUCGGUGUCUGCAGACGGCCGAGUGCUACAGCCCCGAAACAAACCAGUGGAGCUUUAUCGCUCCCAUGACGACCAGACGCAUCGGGCUCAGUGUCACCGCCUACGACAACAGCAUCUAUGCGGUCGGGGGUUUUGACGGGACUAAACGCCUCCGCAGCGUGGAAGUCUACAGUCCACGCUCCGACUCCUGGAAGGAGGUGGCGCCCAUGAACACCGCACGCAGUUACUUUGGCAUCGCCGUCUUAAAUAACCGGAUCUUCGCUGUGGGCGGAUACGACGGCUUCACCACCUUCUGUGUGGAGGCGUACGACCCCCUAGUGGACAGCUGGAGUGAGGUCUGUGACAUGGACAUCGCCAGGAGCGGCUUAAACUGCUGCGUCAUCUCCGACCUUCCCAACAUGUCCGACUACACCUUCUCCAGACACGCUCUUCCUCUGCUCUACGUAGAGACAGACGACGACGACGAGGAGUUUGAGGACGCCACAUAAACACACCCUAAAGUAUGGAGUA